AUGUUGCCUCGGCCGGAUCAUCCAGAAUUUGUUAGAAAGUCCUCGCCAGAAUUCGUGGGAGAAUUUCCUCCGCUUUCGUCCAGUCUCUUUUCUUCCGAUGCAGCCAGUACAGAUUCUGGCGGCUUACGUCGACCGUCACUCGCAUCAUCCACUUACUCGGCCUCACCCGAAGCUUUCUGGACUCCGUCAGCAGCAACCGCAAGCCCUAUAACCCCGAUGAUGGUCGAGCCCGGGCAGCACUUGAUGACAAAACAAUAUGUGAAACCCACGGCUUACCUUCGUGGCAACAACCAUAUCUUCGCUUUUGCGCAAGAUGAUGAGCACGACGCUCAUAGAUCGUUGUGGGAGGCUCCUGGGUACUCUGGCUUGUCCUUGAUGGGUGGCACGCAUGAGCUGCUUCUGGCAGAGGCUAGCCGUCUGCCGUUUCACCCAGACAUACAAGGCCUGAGUCAUGGAAACACAAAUCCAGCGCUGACGAAAGUGAUGUUUGUUGGAUCGUUGGGCACUGGGUCAGGUGCGAUGAUGACAGCAAUGGAAGACGAUCUGCUUCAAUGGAGCUCACCAGCCAUCCACCCUCCUUCAGAGACAAUAGAGCCAAGUGUGGCAUUUCACGCGACCUUGGCUAGUUCUCCAAGCUACAAGGUCGAGCCAUCAACGCCUCCAAAGCUGCACAUACCUCCCUCUGCCAUCUUGAGCAGUAGUCCUUUGUCGGUGAUGUCACCACAAAUACUGCCUUCACAGCAUGAUGUGGAUGAGAUGUCAUGUGGUUCCCUGCAACAUAAUGUCAGUGCGGUGAAAAGGGAACGAUCAAACAAUGACCGGCUUCACCGGCGUCCUUAUGAGCGAAAGCGUCCGGUUGGCUCGUCGUCAAAGCCCAAAGCGCCACCAGUCUUGACCGGCAUGAAUUGCGACUUGGUCAUCCCACAAAAUGAAUUUGCCUGUAGCUAUCCCGGAUGUAUCGACAAACACACCGGAAAACAAAAGCGAUUCAAAAGGCAGGAGCACAAGAAGCGUCAUGAGAAGACUGUACAUGAAAAGUCUACGCACACAACAUACAAGUGCUGGGUCCCCGAAUGUAACAGACCAUUCUCGAGGACAGACAAUCUGAAAAGUCAUUUGAGAAACACUCACUCCAAAAGACCAGGGGUCCGAGGAAAUCGAUACGUUGCCACUCUGGACAAGAACAGCGAGUUCUAUGAUCCAGACUGGGUGGGCGAUCUCGACAAAAACGGAUAUCCAAUCCAUUGA